CCUGUUUCCACCCCCAGAGGCCCUAGGUAUAACUUGGGAUUAUGGGCCAGGAUGUCAGUGAUCUGUACCGAUGGAGAGCCUGGUUCACCCUUUCACAACCUGCACUGUGCCCGUUUAUGGGGGUGGGUGAGUGGUGGUGGCAAAUUGUGGGUUUACAGGUGUAUCACUAAGGCAAGAGGUAGCAGCCCCAUGCUGGAAUGGCCCCAGGUACCUGCGACCCAAUGACAUUAUCUUUCCUAUCUGCUCUGCCUUCUCAGCUCUGUUCACCUUGCCCCAAUUGUGUCCUCACAUUAUUCCGGAAUGUGCUCCUUGCUGGGCCCCUUUUCCUUCUGGACCCUGCUCUGUAAAUGGGGCUAGUGUGUGGGGGGGUGCAAGUGGAGAUGGAAUGUGCUGAGCUGGCAGCAGGUGUGGACCCUGGAUGGAGGGAGACAAUGACUUCAGGCGGCCAGGAAUGGAUACCAGCCCAGCCAAGGGGCCCUUCAUCCAUGGCCAGCCUGACCCAGGAGCUUCUGCUCCCUGGGAGCCACUUGAUGGUAAGGGAGAUAAACCAAAGACUAGAAGAUAAGAAGGACUGAAUUGCAGAAUGGGUCACAAGCAGAAGGCAGAAGGGACCCAGAGUUGGGGAAGCUGCCUUUCCACAGACCGCGGGGACAACUGUCAGAGUAGGAGAGAGAACCUGGGCCUCAGGCAAUGCCUACCAGGCUAGACUUGAGGGAUUCUGUGACCUCUCCCCACCCCACCCCCCAACCACCUUCAUCACAAUGGGGUUCAUUGCUGAGGUGGGAGGGGCAACCUAGGGAGGGUGCAGUGGGAGAUCUGCCUGCCAGACACUCUCAGGGAGCCUGCCCUUUCAAGCAUGAAACAUACCAUCUGGGCUCCCCUACUUCCAGUGUGCUCUUAGCUCUGCCUGCCUGGUGUAGGGUCCUGGAGACCUUCUUGGAGCUCAUCCAGCCACCAUCAUGCAAGGUGGUGCUGGGGACCGCCCUCUUACUCGGGUGUGGAGGCCUCAUGCUGUGGAUUCAGAGGAGGAGGAAAAGGAGGCCAGCCUGUGGGUCUUCACAAGAUGAGCACGAGCCACAAGAACGCCACAAUGCACAAAAUGAGAGCUGGAUCAAAUCUCACUUUAGCCGCCUUUCCGAGGAGAAGCUGGCCACCGGCAGCGCCACUGCUCCCCAGCCUGAGAGUGGGAGUAGCGAGGCCAGCACUACAAUUCACACGGAGACCUUAACCACGAGGCAAGGAGAAUCGGGCACGGCUCUUCACCAGGAGUCCUUCAACAGCAAGCAGAAGACAUCUGGGUCCUCAGCGGUAAAAGAGACCCACAAGGAGUCUGGAAAAUCCUCACCCACCAAUGAAGCCACAUGGGCCGCUGUGGCUGCUUGUACCAAGGAGAUUGACACCAAGGGGCAGCAGCUGGCUAGCUCCAUGUUGCAGCAUGCCACGGUUUACCAGAACUCAGGCCACUUGGAGUCCAAGGACAUCAACCAGGAGGAGCUGAAGGGCCUCGGGGAGGUGGAGAUGAGGCUGAAAGGCAACUUCCUCACCCGGCGGGAAACCACUAUAGCUGGUGUGAACCAUACACACACUUUCUAUGGACAUAGUCACCAUAACCACCAGGGUUAUCCAAGCCAGCUGAGCCACCAGAGCCACAGCCUGCCUAACCGCAGCCACCAGACCUAUCACCCCUUCAAAGCCACCUAA